AUGAAUAAAAUUAAUCACAGUAAUAUAGUUAUAGAGGAGAAAAAAAUAAAGUUGGAUGUACCAUCAAAGUUGUAUAAACAUUCGAUCUACUAUAUAGAAUGGUCGAAUAAAGAGAGAUCACCUGGCAAACCGGUUAGAAUGAUCUAUUGUUUCCAUAGGCUGAUGGGUACAGGUCGUGAUUUCGAUGUAUUGGCUACACGGUUGGUAAACGACAUUCCCGAGGCCAUUGUUAUAUGUCCGGAUGUCGCAGGCCGAGGAAAAUCGCAACGUCUUGAGAACUCCGAUGACUAUGCCUACCACACCUAUGUGAGUGAUGCAAUCGAGCUGAUCAAAGCAACCAGAAGGUCGAACUGUACGGUUGACUUUAUCGGUACUUCAAUGGGUGGACUCAUUGGUAUUUUCGCACUGGGAUCACCAUCAUCGUCAUUGACAUUCGAUCGACUAAUAUUGAAUGAUGUUGGACCGUAUGUACCGGUAGAAUCUAUCACCAGAAUCAGCACUAGUCUACUGGCCAGCAGAGACAAGGUUUUCGAAACGAGAAGCGAUGCAGUCGAUUACUUUCAAACUAUAUACAAAGGAUUUGGCUCUGAUCUGACCAGAGACCAAUGGGAGAAUCUAGCGUACGAAUGUUUUAUCGAGGAUCAGGCAUACGGUACUUUCAAAUUUCACUACGAUCCAUUGAUACUUAAAAACUUUGAGAAAAUGGCAGAGAAAGAUUUCGAUAUCUGGUCGGUUUGGGAUAAUACCAUUAAAAAUAUAAAGAAAUCCAUUCUUAUUAUUAGAGGUAAAAGUUCUGAUGUAUUACCAAAAGAUAUCUAUGAGAAGAUGUUGAAAUCCGAUGAGAGAGUAGUAGGUAUUGAAUUUGAAACAGGACAUGCACCUUCUCUAGUAAGAGACAAUGAAGUCCAAGCGAUUCUUACAUUCUUAUUGAAUGAAAAGUUAUAA